AUGCGGGCGGAGAGCUCCUCCAGAUCGGACAAGCGGUGGGAUAUGGCCACAGCUGCAGCCGCGACCCCACCAGUGCCCAGAGUUCACAAGCCAGGAUUCCAGCAUCGGCAUCAGCUAAGCCAGACCAUUUGCACCAGAGAUAGACUGUGCUCCCACUACGAAGAAAACACACG